UUAGGUGACUUAGCUAGGCAGAUGAAGGAUGGUAAAACUCAUUAGUUUCCUUCCAUCAAGGUCAUGGAGUAUAUAAAGCACUCACAUGCAUUGGUACUAUUUGCAAUACAAGCUCAUCUCUUGGGAAGAAAUUAGUUUAAGCCUUAGCUAGAAAAAGGAGAGUGAGUUAGUGAGUUGAGAGGCAGAAGAAAAGAAGAAGAAAGGUGGAGUGAGUGAGUGAAUAGAAAAAAAAAACCCACCAUGGGGAGGCCUCCUUGCUGUGACAAAGUUGGCAUCAAGAAAGGUCCAUGGACACCUGAGGAGGAUAUUAUCCUUGUCUCUUACAUCCAAGAACAUGGUCCAGGAAAUUGGAGAUCAGUGCCUACUAAUACUGGGUUAUCAAGGUGCAGCAAAAGUUGCAGGCUUAGAUGGACAAAUUACCUAAGGCCAGGAAUCAAGAGAGGGAACUUCACCCCCCAUGAGGAAGGGAUGAUAAUUCAUUUGCAAGCUCUACUGGGUAACAAAUGGGCAGCCAUAGCUUCCUAUCUUCCACAAAGAACAGACAAUGACAUAAAGAAUUAUUGGAACACACAUCUAAAGAAGAAGCUGAAGAAAUUUCAAGCAGCUUUGGAUCCUCACUCAGCAUCAGACUCAACAGCCAGUGGUCAAUUUCUACCAAAGAGCUUUAGUGACAGAAGAAGUACUUUAGACAUCAGCAGCAACAACAACAAUAAUCAUGGCUCGUCCAUUAGGCUUAGUCAUCAUCAAUCUCAGUCCUCUUCCACAACAACAUAUGCCUCAAGCACUGAGAAUAUCUCAAGACUCUUGGAAGGUUGGAUGAGAUCUUCCCCAAAGCAACUCAACAAGGGAUCAAUAAUAUCCCAAUAUGAUGAAGAUCAUCAGCUCCAAGGCAUCAAUGAUGAUGAUGAUAAUAACAACAACAACUUUGUAAGCACUACUAAGCUAGUGAACCUUCAUCAUCUUCAUCAGCACAAAAUUAGAAACAAAGAUCAUGAGCAAGAGGGUGGUGGAGUAGAUAAUAACAUGGUUUCUCAUCAUGAAGAGUUCGAUUCUAUUUUGUCCUUUGAGAACCAAAACAAUGCUGCUUGGGACAAGUCCACUUGUGAUUCCAUGCCAGAAAAGAGUUCUGAAGCUUCUGCUGCUGCUGAUCAUCAUCAUCAUCAUCAUCAUGAUAUAGCUGCUGCUCAUGAGAGGAACAAUGUCAGGCAAAAAUCUGAGAAUAGUAGUGGUGCUCCUCCAUUGUCAUUUCUUGAGAAGUGGCUCUUGGAUGAAAACGUUGGUCAUCAAGUGGAGGAGAUGAUGGAGUUGUCUCCGAUGUUCUAAAUUAACAUGGAAUUGGGUCACCAAUUUAAUCCCUUUAAGUUUGGGAUGUGACAUUCAAAUGAUCAUAUGAUAUUAGUCAGAUGAAAGAAGAGAUCAAAGGAAUGAAAUUCUUUUGAAAUCUGACUAGGGUUUAAUCCAUUACAAUGGUGGAGAGAUUCACAGAAGCUAUAAGGGAUCUCUUUCAACUUGUAACUUGGAAGUCUAUGAAGAAUGGUUUAAUUAUUUCAAGUAAUACUAUAUGCUUAGUGCAUGUUGCUCUCUUUGUCUUGUAGAAAAAUUACAAAUUAAUGUUAACUUCAGCUCAAAUAAUAAUACUACAAUAACAGUUAUAUUUUCAA